CACCCCUUGGGCGCUCACUCCGCGCUUCCCUCCGGAGGGGCCGGUCGUGUGGGGCUGGUGCUCUUUGGCGAGCGAGUCUGGGGCCUCGAUCCGGGCCAUGAGGACGCCCACGCCACUGAGGCGGGGCCCUCACUGAGGAAAGGAGAGCAGGGAAGGAAAGAAAGAAAGAGGAUUGACCCUCUCCCGAGAGAGCGUCUUUCGCCAUGCCGGCCAAGAGGAAGCUGGUCCCGCCGGCCCUCAACAUCACCCCCACCAUCGCCGAGGGAGCCCCCGUGCCCGCCGCAGGGGAGCCCGCCCACGGAGCCGAAGCUCAUCUUGUUGACCUCCAGAAGAAGCUGGAAGAGCUGGAGCUGGACGAGCAGCAGAAGAAGCGGCUGGAGGCCUUCCUCACACAGAAGGCCAAAGUUGGAGAGCUGAAAGAUGACGACUUUGAGAGGAUUUCAGAGCUGGGAGCCGGCAACGGCGGGGUGGUCACCAAAGUACAGCACAAACCUUCAGGGCUAAUCAUGGCACGGAAGUUGAUUCACUUGGAGAUCAAGCCUGCCAUCCGGAACCAGAUCAUCCGCGAGCUCCAGGUGCUUCAUGAAUGCAACUCCCCAUACAUCGUGGGCUUCUAUGGCGCUUUCUACAGCGAUGGGGAGAUCAGCAUCUGUAUGGAGCACAUGGAUGGAGGCUCCCUCGAUCAAGUCCUGAAGGAAGCCAAGAGGAUCCCUGAAGAAAUCCUGGGGAAAGUCAGCAUUGCAGUUCUGCGAGGCCUGGCCUACUUGCGAGAGAAGCACCAGAUCAUGCACAGAGAUGUGAAGCCUUCGAAUAUCUUAGUGAAUUCUCGGGGGGAGAUUAAGCUCUGUGAUUUCGGGGUCAGCGGCCAGCUCAUUGACUCCAUGGCAAAUUCCUUUGUGGGCACGCGUUCCUAUAUGUCUCCUGAGCGCCUCCAAGGCACUCACUACUCGGUCCAGUCGGACAUCUGGAGCAUGGGCCUCUCCCUGGUGGAGCUCUCCAUCGGGAGGUACCCCAUCCCUCCGCCAGAUGGCAAGGAGCUGGAGGUCAUCUUUGGGCGGCCUGUGCUCGACGGGGCCGAAGCAGAAUACCACAGCAUCUCGCCCCGGCCCCGCCCCCCUGGGCGUCCCAUCAGCGGCCACGGGAUGGACAGCCGCCCUGCUAUGGCCAUCUUUGAAUUGCUGGACUACAUUGUGAACGAGCCGCCCCCGAAGCUGCCGCCCGGGGUUUUCACGCAGGACUUUCAAGAGUUCGUGAAUAAAUGCUUAAUUAAAAACCCCGCAGAACGGGCAGAUCUCAAGAUGCUGAUGAACCAUGCCUUUAUCAAACGCUCGGAGGUGGAAGAGGUGGACUUCGCGGGCUGGCUCUGCAAGACGCUGCGCCUGAACCAGCCCAGCACUCCCACCCGCACCGCCAUGUGAACGCCAAGCGCAAACUGCCUUCUACUUCUUCUUCUUCUUCUUGUAUCCCCCACAGACACAGACACACUUUCUUCUUUCUUUGUGCACCUGCUUGCCUGCUGCCAUUGGCGGCCCUUCCUUCCUUCCUUCCGUCCCUCUUUCCUUCCUUUCUCGGUUACCACUGUGCUUGUCCUGCCCUUCCUCUAUUCUCCCCUUCCUCCCUUCGCUCCAAAAAAGGCACAGCGCCUUUUGCGGGGAAAUCACCCUGUCAUCCUACAGCAAGACGCCAGCUUUUACUUCUCUCUUUCUCUUUGUGAUGUUCCUGUUUCGUUCCGUUUCCUUUUCUCCUGAGUAGGGCGGGAGAGGAAAAGAAAGGGCUGACUUCUCACCAAAGGAGCACAUCUUCCUUCCUUCCUUGCUUCCUUUUUCCUUGAUGCACUUACAGAACGGCUUGUAGCAGAGCGAGGCCUUAUCUAGGGGUCGCAGCAGGUGUGGUCAGGGCCCAUACACUUCCAACAAACCCGUCAGGAUCGGGGGAAGAGAGCGAGCUGCGAGGUUGAGGAAGGCAGCCAUAAACUCCCUUCCUGCUCUCCUCGAAUCUCGCUCCCUGUUUCCCAUUCCCAUCAAAGUCUCCCAAAACGACAAGGCCACUGUCUAUGCACUUAACACACAGAGUUGGACCUUGGUCCUCAAUUCUCCUCCUGCUUUUGCAAGGGGUUUCCCUUUGCUCUGCAGAGCACUAUGACUUCGAAAACCCCGCAUGCCCCUCUCUCCCAGACUUGAGAGAAGGGGCACGAGCGGGCUGCUUCCCAGAACAGCUCCUUCAGCGGCAUCUCCACUUGGUUCUUCUGCAAAAGGGAUAUGGUUGCCAGUAAGUAGCCGUGGCAGCCAUGACCACGCUGGGCCAUGAUCUAAUGAUCCCACAGCUUCGGAAACCGGGCUUUCCUUCCUUCCUUCCCUUCUUGUUAAGCUCUUCCCUUUGUCCCAAGAGGCGUCACGAUGCUUUGCCUCUGCACCCAAUGCUCUCUGUGGCAAAGGACGAGCCCCUCUUUCAAGCUGAAGGAGGACCUUUUCUGGAGCUGUUGUCCAGCUCUGGGAUUUCCCUCAGGUCCCCCUAAAUAUGCCACUGUCUUCCCCACAACCAUCCAACCGCUCAAUUCCCUUUUUGCCGAUGAUUUCCUUCCCUUAGCUGGUUUUUGAGUGAUUCGAUGACUUGAGACAAGAAUAAAGCAAAAGACGAUUGUGUCGAGCACCGUAGGCCUAGCUCUGCGGUGCCCUCUGAGUGAUUGACUUGAAAGGACCCUAUGGCCUUCAAGUUUGACCCAAGUAAUAUUUAAAAAGAAAGAAGAAUAAAGUAAGGAAUGGCUGGGUCUUAGGCCUGGCUUUGCUUUGCCAUAAGGUUUGUGUUUGACUAAGUCUGACCCGAAAGUGAGAGCUAAUACUAUCCAUUAAAACCCAAGAAUAAUUAAAGGAUGGUUGGAUCUUAGGGCUGGCUUUGCCUUGCCAUCCCUUUGCAGUCAAAGGCGUCACUAUGGUACGUCUUUGGCCGAAUUUCACCGCUCCCUUGUACCAUUGCCUUCCGUCCGCCCGUUAAAUGCUGUUGACUGGGGUUCAAAUCCCUUCAAUUGGGGUAUAUAUAUCUCACAAUGGCUUAAGCUUUCAGAUUAAACCCUCAAUGGAAUGGUCUUUAUCUUAAAAUGCCCUUUAACUUAUUUGACGGAUGCAUUUCGGACUCCCUUCGCUGAGUUGUUUUGGGUCCAUUCUCCCUUUUUGUCCUUCCAACGACUUGGAGGUUUUCUUUACGGAGGAGAAAAGGACGAUGGGUUUUCACGCCUUUUUGCAUCAAGAGAACACGUGUUUGGGCCCCGUUAUCUGUUGCAAACUCUGGUUUUCCCACAUCUCCCUUCCUUUCCAAUAGUUUCCUCCCCACUUCCCAACCGUCAUAACCCCGAAUGGGGAGCAAGCAAACUCUUUGCAAUCUGAAUGUAUAAAACAUGAUAUCUGGUGUAUUUCCGAAGGCUUUUUAACAAUAACAGCAAAUAUAUAUAUGUAAGUUGUCCACAAUUCCAUAGAGAUUGCCUGACCCCAAUGUGCUUCUGUGUACUCCUUUUUUUUCCCCCUUUGGACAAUGAGGCUUUUGCAGGUGUGUAUGUAUGUGCUGGGGUUGGGAGGUCGGGGGAAGAAAGUAUGUUUUCUUUGCCUCUAUUUAAAUUUUGAAAAGGAAAAAAUAAUAUUUAGUAUGAUGUUCUACUGUUAAGAGGGGUCCUUUCUCUCUUUUGGAUCUGUGUGCUCUUUCUUUCAGCUUCGGUUAUUAUUUUGGGGAGUGUUUUCAGGAGAAUGUCUUGAGUAUUUUGACAGUGCAAUUUAUUUUUUCCUUUUUUAAUUUUAUUUUAAGAAACUCAAUAUUUUCAUCACGGGGAGAUAAAAUAAAUGGCACUUUACAUUAAGAGAAA